GAUGGAUGUGCUUUUAAAUUACAAUAUUUAUGUUCCUGCUACUGUGUUAUCUUCAUUUCUAAUUUUGUUUUUGUGGCUGUUUGAGAUAAGUUUUUUGCUUUUGUUUUCGUCAUUGGUUGCAUUCUCUAUUGGAUUUUUAAUUUGCCGUGUUCUACUUCAAAACCCACAAUAUUGCAUUUGGUUACAACAUGUUUUUGCUAACAUUAUUUAUGAAGAUAAAGAACUUGUGGAGGAUAUGAAGGAAAAAUUAGAGGUUGACAACGAGCACUUACUUAAAAACCUAAAUGAUAGUAAAGAGACCGAGGAACCAACAAUUAGACCUUGGGAUCGGCUCAAACUUGAUGAAAAUUUCAAUAAUGAAUUGGAUGAAUUUUUUAAAACUUUGGUCAUAAAUUAUGUUAAUAGUUGGUUUGUUUUUUAUUUUCUUUUUCAAUUAUUUUUUAAUAAAUCCGCAAAUUUUGUCCGCAAAAAUUUUUGCGGAUAA